CUGGGAUUUUACAGAUCUUCUCAACAUGGCAAAGUCGCUUCCAACGCCUCAACCCCUCGAAAUGCAGGGAGAUAUGGCCACUAACUGGGAAAUAUUCCAAGACAGCUGGGAAAACUAUAUUACCGCGACGGAAUUAAACAAGAAACCGGAUGCAAUUGUGGUAGCAACUCUCUUGACAGUCAUGGGCAAAGAUUGCUACAGAAUUUACAAGAAUUUGCCCCUCACCGAUGAUGAACGAAAGUCUCUCACAUCUAUGGAGAAAUUAGGUGAUGAAUUCCAGUCCAAGAGGAACAUUAUAUAUGAGAGGUACUUGUACUUUUGCACCGUCCAAGAGCCUAGUGAAAGCUUUGACCGUUUCUUGAACAGACUCAGAGAUCGCAUUGCCACAUGCAAGUACAGUACUCUUGAGAAUGAAAUCUUAAGAGACCGGAUUGUAUUUGGGGUUAACAACAGUGACACCCGAGAACGCCUUCUAAGAGAAAAAAGAACUAGACCUGGACAAAGCAAUAAAAAUUUGUCGCACAAGUGAAAUGGCAGUUAGACAGCUUCACAAAAUGGAGCCAACUGAGACCGUCCACUAUACUAAGCAAAACAAGUCCAAAUCAAAGCCGAGGCAGAUCACAGAAUGCAAGUACUGUGGUGACAGCCAUGCCGCUGGAAAAUGCAAAGCAUUUGGGCAGGUCUGCAGUAAAUGCAGCAAGAAGAAUCACUUCGCUAGAGUUUGCAUGUCCACUCGUCAAGAUCAUAAGGCGAGCCAGCCUCAACAGAAGCCAGGCAAGCAGGCUAGAAGAGGUAAACAAAACGUACACCAACUAGAAGAGAGCUCAUGCAGUGACGAUGAUGAUGAAUUCUCCAGCAAUGACAGCCUGUAUACCAUUCAGUCAAACCAGAAGAAAAGGCAGUAUUUUGCACAAGUGUUAGCUGUGACAGGAGAUAAGACGGCCAGGCAGUCAAUCAAAUUUCAGCUUGAUACCGGAGCAACAUGCAGCACACUAUCCCUUAACGACUACAAUAAGCUGACCAAGAAGCAACCCGAGCAGUACCAAACUGAGCUGCGAGCCUACAAUCAGUCAACCAUCAAACCUAUGGGGCAAGUCAAGCUUCACUGCACAGCAAAUGGGAUCACAAGAAAGGUUCACUUCCAGAUAAUCAAAGAGGCACCAACGUCAUUACUCUCAGGCAGAGUCUGCGAAGCACUUAAAUAGGAGUAAUUGCUAAAGUAACUACCCCAACGCCAUGG